CGACACAAAAGUUCUACGCCCUUUCUGUCCUUCUACGUCAUCCGAGACGGUGACCUGGCAUAUCUCGUAACGGCCGGCGGGUAUUUUUGCAUUGGUUCCCCGUGAUUUACUUGGAGGAGAGAGGCAAUGCGCCCCCUUCCGGGUAGAAGGAAACGGGGAUUCCCUCAUUUACAGGAUGGAAAUCUGGCAUUUGGUCCGAACGACGAACAGCAGCAUGGAACUACCACCGGUUUUUCCCUUUUCCUUUUUCUCAGGCAUUAUCAUCAUACGGAACGGGACCACUCAAUUGGGAAGGGGGAGAUGCUUGGUUUGCGAUAUAAUUCUUUUCUACCGUUCCUGGUCUAUUAUUGUUAUUAUUUUUGGAGCGGUACCUAUGUCACCACGCAACCACCGUAUUCCUAUGCAUACACACACACACACACACACACACACACACACACACACACAACGCCCCUUGACACUAUUGAUUUUACGCCUAGCAUCGGAGUUUAAGACGGCAUGGCAUGGGACGGCACACACUCCACACAUGGACACACAUACACACCCGUACACAACUCGCAUCAUCCCGAGGGACUGGCGUUCCUACCGCCGUACACCCACGCAUACACCCUACACGACACAUCUACGGACACGGAAAAGGCAGGGGAAGGAGAGAGGAAGGGAGGAAGGGGGGUGGUCGAUAUGGGCGCGGAUCGGACGGAGCCAAUAGCGAACUCUCCCUGCCUCGCCUACCCCGGCCACAACUACUACACUAUUACUAGCACUACUGUUAUUAUUAUUACUACUAUUACUAUCACUGCUGCCGCUGCCGCUGCCGCUGCCGGUGAUAUAUGAGCGUGUACUUACGACCUGAUACCAACGUGAAGAGAACCGACGUACCGGAGAUUCAUGACUUGUUAGAUGUGUUUUUUUUUCCCCCUU